ACAUCUCGAAAGAUACUCCGCGAAACUUGUUGAGAGACACAUUACAUCAACGACCCGGAAAAAGAGGGACCACCAGCCAAACAAGUCUUGACGAACAGCCCGUGGGGCCAACCUGCAGCGUUGUCAAUCAUUGAAACCUCCCCAAUCGUGGCCAUCCACGGUCUCGGUGGAAAACCUGCCAGCCCCCGACCGCCACCAACUUUUCCAACAAGCUUCCAGUGGCUUUUGGGCAAGGAGCAAGGCCACCUCUCAUCAGCCAGUCAACGGCCAUGGAGGAAGCCCUAACGCAGCCAGCCCGACCCCAUCUUCGACAUGGUGUGAUAAAUGGAUCCUUGCCAGCAUCAUGCCAACCGUCACCGUCAGCAUCAACUCCACCAAUCCCGAUAUCUUUGCCAGGGGCUGGUCCAUUGGAAACUUUGCACCUUGGCUACGACCCUCGAGCUUCACCUUUCCAGUUGGCAGACCUCGAUCACGUCCUUUGCGACAACGAACACAUCCUCAGGCGCAUCCCGACACUCGUUUCUUCAAAAUCAACAAACUCCCAGUAUGCAGAACUAGCAUUGUCAUUGCGCACGAGCACUCGAUACAAAAAUAGUCCCGUCAAUAACAACCUUCGUUGCCCGGAAAUUGCGUGCCCACAGGCCACCGCAGAAACAUUCGAUACCUGUUCCCACAACUCUACGUGCGAUUGCAUCUUCAAUGGCUUGUCGCUGAGCACAAGACGCCGCUCACAACUUGAGACACGCUCGUUAACCACCUUGUCAAAUGUACAUAUAAUUACCAUGACGACAACAACGACGACCAGUAUACCGGGCUCACCUCCUGACUUGUCCGGAUCCCGUUCCUCUAAAUCCUCAUCCUAUUCCUCUACCUUCUCGAGUCCUGAUGGAUUGGACUCGGACACUAUCAACUUCGAAGAGAUUGGGCUAGAAGAUGACAAGCAAACUCCUACGAUAAACUGCCAUUCACGGGAUGUUUCGAUGCAGUCUGUUGGGUCAGAAAAUGGACUCAUGAGGGCGAAAGAUCCGGCAUCUGGUGAGAAGAGGCAGGCGCUGCCACAGUUGCAGACGUCGAUAAAGUUCUCCCACAGAAUGCAGGAUUCGGCCACUCCUAAGCCGGUGGGGUCGAGGAUGUCGGCAUUGAAGCGCCAAUUCACCACCCCAGAAACAUUCCAUGCACAGGGAACCCCUAGGACGAGGUCGACAUCUCCACCACAGCGACGACCAUUGACGUCCAUGUCGACCAACUCGCUCAGUGCUGGGGGAUUGCGACCUACUCAUAAGGCAUCUCUAUCGUCACUCGGAGUUCCUUCCAGACGUUCUUCAUGGCAACCCCAGAGAAAAUCAGUCAAGGAACUGGAAGCUGAAUACAACGACUCAGAUGAUGACUUGCCAGAUGACGCCAGUCUCUGGAAUGUCCCAGUGUCGCCUCUGCCAUCCGGUCAGCGGUCGCAUCGGUCAAGUUUCCGCGGGAGUCCGGACAGAGACGGGCCAUCUCAGAGUCCUCGCCCUAUACCAUUGGCGCAUGCCAUUACAGCCCCGGAGACACCGCCUCACCCACACAUGCACUCACAAAGUCUCCCUAAGAACAGACCUCCCCCUGCAAGAUCAGCCACGCUGAGUGCAACGGAUCCACCCUCACCACGCAGGUUAAACGUUUUGAGGAAUAGUGGCCGGACGAAAUCGUGGAACCUUGCCAUGGCCGAGCUUAGUGAAGAGGCACGAAUUAUCUCGGAAGCGUUGGUUUACCACGCAGAUUUGAAGGAGCAAGUACAGGCCGAAGCUUUGAGCGGCCGCUCAUCGCCGGAUAGCCAGCACUCAUCUGAAUCCAGGCCCAAAAGUGCAGGCAUACAAUUGCCCCCGAUCCAGAAGAGUACUUUGGAUUUUAUGCCUAUAUCCAAAGAAAAGGAAGCUAUUCUCUCACGGACGCGGCCAUCAUGGCUGCCACCAAAGGAUCCGAAAGAGGAACGGCGACAUCUGAAGGAGUACCAACGCAUGAUGGCGGCAUCAGUCGAUGCAGAGAAGAAGCGCCGCACACAGCUGCAGGUUCAGCGGUGUGAGAAGGACGAUACCCGAGAGUCGCUAAAUCGUAUAUGGCAGUACUAUGUUGACGAGACGACGGACAUUUCGACCAUUGACAACCGAGUCAAUGACCUCUGCUGGCGUGGUAUCAGCCCUAACCUUCGCGGCCGAGUCUGGCAAAGGGCCAUAGGCAACCCUCUCGGACUCACCGUCAAAAGUUAUGAGAAGGCCUUGCAAAGAGCUAAAGAUAUCAAAGAGCGACCGACCGACCAGCUCGAUAGCGCCGACAAAAGCAUCGAACGACUGUUUCUCGACAUCGAAAGAGACGCAGAGACGGCAUUUCCCGAGCUCAAUUUGUUCCAAAGGAACGCACCUCUUUGGCAAGAUUUGGCCGAUGUUUGCGAAGCUUAUGCAUGCUAUCGAAGUGACGUGGGGUAUAUUUAUGGAAUUCAACUUAUCGCGGCAUUGCUGUUGUUGCAAUUACCGACACCAGCGGACGCAUUUAUUCUGCUGGCAAAUUCUUUGAACAGGCCCAUACCUUUGGCAUUCCAGACAAAUGACGCUACUACGACUGCUCGAACAUAUAAUCACGCGGUCUCGACGCUGGCCAUGAAGUAUCCGCGCAUUCACGAAUAUCUGUUUGGCUCUAUUGAGCAAGGUGGUCUAGGAUUUAGUGGAGACGAAGUUUUCGAACCGAUGUUACGAACCAUGUUUUCGAAUGGUCUGGACGUGGACCGACUCUGUCGCAUCUGGGAUAUUUGGGUGUUUGAAGGCGACCGAACACUUGUUCGGGCGGCAGUGGCAACUCUGUCAUGCCUUCAGACUCAAUUAUUUGACGUGCGAGGGGAUGUCGACCUAAAAAGACGCAACGUCCAGGAGAUGCUUGGAUGGGGCCCUUUCAAUCGGCAACCUCAUUCUGGACAUUGGAACCUUCAGACUGUCGGGAAUGAGGAGAAAUUUGUCGAAGAAAUCCGCCUGGCAGGUGUCUUGGACUAUACGGGCAAGUGAAUGACAGUUGAUGAUUUAUUGUGCACUUGCACAGAAUGCGGACAUUCAAGAGAACACGGAAGUCAUGAACAGAGCUUCUUGUAUGAUUUUAAUUGACGACAUUGUCAUGAUGAUUUUCCUAGAAGGAGGAUUUUGCAUUCCACUGGGAGUUGGACAUACGGGACAGGACUGUCGAUCAGCUGCUUUGCUCAUCAAGACGUCUGGCAGAGUUGACGACAAUACUUGCAUUGGUACAUAUUUUAGUCUUGAUGGUGUUCAGCAGUUUCGUCUGCUGUUCCUUCUGUUUGCUUUCAGUCAUGAUGUCCAAGACAUGUUAUGACGAGACAGAGAACUAAUAUAGACGAUCCACGAGAUCAAUCACAACUUGAUUUAUAUGGUCUAUAUCAUGUGCCCUAUCCA